AUGAGGUCUCUCUUCUACGUGACUUUCUUGGCCAUUUUGUCCGUCGACCAACACCCUUGUGCAUCCUCGCGCCUCCUCCUAGCUGCUGAAGGGCCUGUGAUAAUGCCAAAUGGCCGGCCGCCGGCUCCUGCACCGGCGCCUGUUUCUUCUGCCGGAGUGCCGCCGAAGAUCAUUCCGGCAAACCUACCGGUGAACACGCCCGCCAACCUGCAGGACAUUGUUCCGAUGCUAGCUCCUCCCGCCGGCGUGCCGAAGACCAUUCCGGCCAACCUGCCGGUGAACAUGCCUGCUAGCCUGCAUGUGAAGACGCCUCCCAAUCUCCCGAGGAAGGUGCCCGGCAAUCUGCGGGUCAAUGUUUUGGCACCGGUUCCUCCUGCCGGAGUGCCGAAGAUCAUUCCGACCAAUCUGCCGGAGAUUAUUCCGACCAACUUGCCGCCUGCCAACCUGCAUGUGAAGAAGCCACCCAAUCGCUCGAAGAAGGCUCCGGCUAACCGGCAUGUGAAGACGCGAGCCAAUUUCCCGAGGAAGGUGCCGGCCAAUCCGCCGGUCAAGGUUCCAUCACCGGUUCCUCCCGCCGGAGCGCCGAAGAUCAUUCCGACCAAUCCGCUGGAGAUAAUUCCGACCAACCUGCCGGCGAACAGGCCAGCCGCCGAUCUACAUGUGAAGACGACGCCAGGCAAUAUCCCAAGGAAGGUGCGCGCCAAUCUAUCGGUCAACGUUGCGGCAUCGGUUCCUCAGGCUGGAGUGCCGAAGAUCAUUCCGACCAGCCUGCCGGAGAUCAUUCCGGCCAACUUGCCGACGAAUAUGCCAGCUAACCUGCACAUGAAGACGCCUGACAACUUCCCGGAGAAAAUACCCGCCAACUUGCCGGCCAAUGUUGUAGCACCGGCGCCAGUUCCUCCUGCUGCUGGAGCGCCGGAGAUCAUUCAGGCCAACCUGACGACGAACAUCCUUGCCAAUCUGAUCCAGGUGAACACGACACCAAACCUCCCAGUCAACAUUACGGCGCCAGCGCCGAUUUCUCCUGCUGGAGUGCCAGAGAUCAUCGCGGCGAACAUUUCGACGAACGUGCCGACCAACCUGUCGGCGAACAUUACAGCGCCGGCGCCGGUUUCUCCCGUCGGAGUGCCGGAGAUCAUUCCGGCAAACAUUUCGGCCAACGUCUCGGUGAACACGCCGGCCAGCCUCCCGGGGAACAUGCCUGCCAAUAACCUUCCGGCCAACGUGUCACCGGACGUGGUGUCCAGAAUCCCGCCGGACUUGCUGGCCAAGCUUCCGGCCAACAUCCCGCCGGACUUGCUGGCCAGCAUCCCGCCGGAGACGCUGGCCAACAUCGAGGCGUCCAAGGGCCAGCUGCAGACCAGCGAGCUCCUGGCCGCCCUGCCGGCACUGCAGGGCCAACUACCAGCGGGGAACCUGCCGCCGGAGGUGCUGGCCAAACUGCCGGAGGUGCAGAACCAUCUGCCGGCCAACAUCACACCGGAGAUGGUGGCCGGCCUCGCCGCGAUGCAUCAGCAGGGGCAGCAGGGGCGCCCCGGGGCGCCUGGGAGCGCGCCGGCCGCCGGAAUCCCGGAGAUCCCCAAGAUGCCGGACUUCUCCGGGUUGGCGGACAUCUCGUUCCCGCCGAUGCCGUCGGGCCCCAAGAUGCCGCAGCUGCCGCACGAAAUGUCGCUGUUUGGGUACGACGUCCCGAUCCCCAAGUUCAUCAGCAAGAUGGUUGAUGAUGCCGAGCAAAACUGA